GUAACAUCUACAUGUGGCACAAUGGCCAAUAGUACUGGCCUGAAAUCCAGAACCUGUUUUGUGCUUACAUGCCACAACCAGUACUCUGUGUGAUGCCAAACAUGUUCGGCAUAACAAGGAGUGGCAAGGAGUGAAAGGAUAGCUAAACAGACUGGUACUCAGGCUACAAUAGUACCCUACUAAUGGGAAACUGCUCUGCACUACUUGAUUCUACAGUACAUCAAAAGUGUAUGUCAAAUGCCAUCAUAUCAUAUACCAAAUUCCAUAAUGCAAGAUCAAUUGGCUCUAGAGUUUAAGCAUUGGUUUUGAAUCAAUUGCUGUGACAUGAUUGGCUCACUGCAGCCAUAAUGUUAAACGUAGGAACGGGUUUGCUAAAACUUUGGCACGUUCCUUCAGAGUUAAGAAUUACAGGGCUUUCUAUAGAGUGUGUAUUUUAAUUCUUAGUCAAACCCAGAACUAAUAGUCAUCCACCUAUGUUAAUGAUUGUUGAGAUGUGUUAGUGUCUGCACUGGAAGAGCAGGUAAUAAUAUCUUGUUUUUUGUAAACAGAAAAAAGUAUCACUUUUGAUAUGUGAAUUCAACUUUGACGUAUACAGUAGUUUCAUGAUCAAAUGUUGUAAUUGCAUGAUGUGUUUUACCAUUGCUAAGAUGGAGAAAGAAUCCCAAACUGCUCUGCUGAGAUCUUGAGAGAAACUUCAAUGUGGAGAGCUACCGAUGUUGAAAAGAUUUUACUCAGUCUGCCUCUAUCCAUCAAAACAUUCCCUGUUUGGCUUUCAUAUGGACUUGUGACUGGUCAAAACUUUCAGAUCAAACUAGAUGAGACAUUUGCCAAGAUGACUGAAGAAUUGAAAGCAUACCCUCACCUGACAGUCACUCCACCACUGCAGUUGAAGAGUGUAGGAGUGGAUGGGCCACGUCUCGUUCUUUUGAAAGAAGAUAACCUGGGUGUUUACAUUGAAAAAUACAAAGCAUCUCCUCAGGAUUUCAUUGUUUUUGAUUGCUUAACUGGCAAACACAAAACUUUGAAUGUGGACGAAUUGGCACAUGAAAUGAGAGACACCAGAAGUGACCAGACCUUCAUGACCACCAGGACUCCUAAAGAGGCAAUAUUGGUACUAGUGGAUUCAAGCUCCUCCAUGAAGAAGACAUGCUAUGAUUCAGAUGACAAAAUGACACGGUUGGAUGCAGUCAAACAGCUGUUUGAUAACUUCACAACUAGAAGCAUGGCAUACGAUUUUCAUCAUGUCAUUGGCUUGGUGAAGUUUGACUCAUCAGCUAAAACUCUCCACACAUUUACAGAGACUCUGGAGACCUUUAAAGACCACAUACACAAUCUUAAGGCAAAUGUAGGCACUGUGCUGUAUGAUGCCUUGAAUCAUGGCAUUUCUGAACUGGAAAAAGUUGGAAAGCAAUUUCCAGACUGCAGACUUCGCAUCAUAUGUCUCACAGAUGGGAAUGAUUUUGGGUCAAAGACAAAACCACAUGAUGUCACAACCAAAUUGAUGCCCUCUAACAUUAUUGUUGAUGCCAUCAUUGUCGGAAACGGUAAUAACCGCGUGCUCCAUGGAAUCAGCAAUGCAACAGGAGGGUGCUGUUUCAAACCAGCGACAGGUACAGCUGGUCUGAAGCUCUUUGAAAUGGAAACAGUUCUAUCUUUGGAGUUGAGGAAGCCUAAGGAAAAAUUGGACCCAUCCUCGAUUAUGAGCAAGAGUGUUUUAACUACUCUCUUUGCCAAAAAUGGCUAUGAUGAGCAGCCAGAGGUCUCUCAACCAAGUGAAUUAAACAAUAAAGUCACUGUGACAGAGAUUUCAUUGAAAAAGAACAUCAAGGAAUCCAAGAGCAGUCGCUUUUUGGAGAAGGACAAACGCGUUCUGGAAGAGCUGAAGAGCCUGCAUUGUGACCCACAUCCAUUCUGCACAGUUUUGCCAUUAGAGUCAGACUUCACAUUUUGGAAGAUUCUCAUGCAAGGCCCCCCUGAUACACCUUAUGAGAAUGGAGCCUUUGAGCUGUACUGUCAGUUUGGUGCUGAGUACCCUGUCAAACCUCCACUUGUGCGCUUUGUCACACCUGUGUACCACUGCAACGUAAACAGUGUGGGCCGUAUCUGCCACAACAUAUUUGACCGCAACUACUCGGCUCACAUAACCAUGAGAGAGAUCUUGGAUGCUGUGUAUGGACUGCUCAUUGUCCCUGAACCUGAAGAUCCACUGGACAGUAUUUUGGCAGAGGAAUUCCUGACCAGCAGAGAAAAAUAUGAACAAGAGGCCAGGAAAAACACGGAGGAAACUGCAGGCAAAUCAAUGGAUGAAAUGGAACAGAAAUUGGUGGGUGAAGAGUUGACUAAGAAGUUCACACCCCCACAUCUAGUUUGUUCACUAACCAAGAAGAUGUUCAUUGAUCCAGUGAAAAACCAGGAUGGAACAGUUUAUGAGCGAAAGGCCAUUGAGAGACAUCUAAAAAUGCAAAGGACUGAUCCAGAAACAAAGAAACUUCUAAGCCAAACUGACCUGAAGUCAGACACAGCCAUGCAGAAAAUGGCGAGGGAGCAUCGCAAAAAGGAAUAUCUGGAGACAAGUGUUUGAAAACUCAACAUGGCAGCCAAAAUGUAUGUCUUCCUGUCAUAUGCAUUUUUGAGAGAAACAUGAUGAUGGUGAGGGAAGUGUUACCCAUUGGGUUAUUGAAUGGUAUGAGAUUUUCUAGAGGGCCUUCAUCUUUGCGGGGGUUGUAUCUACGCACUUCAUGGGUAACUAGCUAAGAUUUAUAUUAUUGUAAUUUCCUGCUAAACUCUGUUAUUAAUCAGUAGCAUUUUUUAAAUGUUAAAAUGAGUUGUGUAUCACAGUUGUCAUUAGACUAUUGUGAUAAUCAGAUAUCUAGGAGAUUCCCAAUGUUUUGAUUUAGUGAUGUGGGUUACUUUUAAAUAUGCUGUUAUGCAAAUUCAAUUAUGUGUGAGAUAAGUUGAUAAGUCUAUUUUGGACCCCCAGGCCCUCAUGCAGCCUGUAGUUUUUGUGUUUAUACUUUUUCAUAACACAAUGACAAGUUUGAUGUCGGACGACAAUAGAAUGUUCAUAAUGUCACUGCGACAACUAUCGAUAGACAUAGUAUAAACUAGCCUUUAGUCUUGAAAUCUUUGGUUGUUUAGUACAUGGCCUCACAUGUGAAUCCUUAAAGAGAUGGGUGGGGCUAA